UUAAAACUGAAUUCUGCGGAAAGGGUUACAUAUUGCCAAAUCGUGAGAAGGGCGAUCAAGCGAAGGUGUUUGAUUGGUUUUCUCAUUGAAUUCGGUUUGAUUCAAUCAUACCGCAGGCUAGGCAGGUAAAGGAGUCGGAUGCAGAUUGUGGAGUUUGACCUAUGUUCAUAAGGGGAAACGUCGAUUAUAUUAGGUUAGCUUAAAUUAAAUUCCCCUGAUUUAGUUCAAUCAAUCAACCAAUCCAAUAUGGAAGAUGGAAAGAGGGUUUCGAAGGCCAAGUCCAAAGUCGUGGCAAUUGUGUUUCAUGCUUCUUCGUAAUGGCAUAACCGUCUCUGUUUCUUUUUGUUGUUGUUGUGGAUUACAUUACAGGGAAUUGAAAAAAAAAAGGGUUUUUAGACAAUUUCUUCUACGCCCCCAACCGAAACACUUUUGUAGGGAGAAAAUGGAUCAUGCUCCUGCUCGCUACCCUCUUCAGCGAGGAUCGGAUAAUAACAGCGCUCUUGAGGGGUUUUCUGCUGUUCCUGUACCCAAUUACCGGGUCCGUGGUUCUUAUGAUGAGAGGAGAUUUCUAGAUGAAAGAUACUCCAGGGCUAGUUUUUAUCCAAGAAGUGCCUACCACCAUUAUUUUCCAGAGAAGGAUAAUCAUUCCCCUCCUGCUGCUGCUGGUGUCUGGUCUCAAUCAAGGGGGAGAAGUUAUGAGGAAGAAUAUCCCCGUGAUGAGGAUUCUAGGCAUCAUCAGAAGCUUUAUGUGGAUUCAUAUAGGGACUUGGAUACAUAUUGUGAUCAUGAGAUCGCUUUUCAAGAUUUUGAUAAGUUUCGGGAUGGCUAUCGUUGUGUUGACAACAUCUGUGAUCAUGAAUUUGGCGGGCCCUCUAGGUAUGGGGGGCGAGAUUGGGAAGACUACUCGUAUGAUUAUUAUGAUUAUAGGCCUCACAUUUCCCAUCAGAGCAGGGACAACAGCUGUGAGAGGAAUUAUGAAUAUAGUCGAAAUAGUUAUGAUUCUUAUCAUAAAAGAGGCAGUUGCAGAGAUGGUAGUUGGAGGAAGCGUGAAUCACGUGAUCGAGAUUCUUUCAGUAGAGAAAGAGAUCAGAGUCCACAUAAAAGGCAUGAGAGGUCUUGGUCACGUUCCCAUGGAUGUGAUGAUCGUCCAAGAUCAAGGUCACCUCGAGUUUGGAGCCAUGGUCGAAGCCAUAGAGAGGACAGCUAUGAUGAUUAUCAAAAUGAGAAAACUCAGAAGCAAAGGGACCGAGAAGAGAAAUAUCAGCUGGAGCAAUAUUCUGUGGCACCAUCUGCAACUAUUGUUGUAAAGGGUCUAUCGCACAAAACGACAGAGGAAGAUCUUUGCCAGAUUCUUGCUGAAUGGGGCCCACUUCGUCAUGUUCGUGUGAUCAAGGAGCGAACCUCUGGCAUUUCUCGUGGAUUUGCUUUUAUUGAUUUUCCUUCAGUGGGGGCAGCACGCUCAAUGAUGGACAAGAUUGGUGAUGAUGGUCUUGUUGUGGAUGGUAGGAAGCUUUUCUUUGAUUACAGUAGUAAGCCAACUGGGGGCACUGGUGGACCUUCUGCUCAUAAUAAUGCUGUGAAAUUGGGUCACUCAAAUCAUAAGAGCACCACAUUACCGUCUGAUUGGAUGUGCACAAUUUGCGGAUGUGUCAAUUUUGCACGUCGAACUGCAUGUUUUCAGUGUAAUGAGCCACGUACUAAUGAUGCUCCAGCAGCUGACAUAUCUUUAUCAGGAAAGAGAGGAUCUGAGUCAGUAGGUCCUACCCAUGUAUUGGUUGUUCGUGGAUUGGAUGAAAAUGCUGAUGACGAAAUGCUUCGUUAUGAGUUUUCUAAAUAUGCCCCAAUUAAGGAUCUUCGCCUUGUUAGAGACAAGUUCACCCAUGUUUCAAGGGGAUUUGCUUUUGUACAUUACCAUUCGGUUGGUGAUGCCACAAAAGCCCUUGAAGCCACAAAUGGGACAACCCUUGAGAAGAAUGGGCAAAUCUUAAGAGUAGCAUAUGCAAGGAGCAUUAUUGGGCCAAGAUCAGGGACAUUGGGAUCUUUACAGUCAAGUAGCCUUGCAGCUGCUGCGAUUGAGGCAGCAGCUUUUUCUCAACAGUAUGAUGCUGUUGGAUGGACACGAAAGGAAUAUAACCCAGAUGACAAACAGUCUACUACCUGGCAGGAGCAGGCUGGUGGUUCAUUUGCAGUUCAACAGGAUCAUUCAGCUUUGCAUUCUGGAUUUGUGUGGGAUGAAGCCUCUGGUUAUUACUUUGAUGCUGCUUCUGGGUUUUACUAUGACGGGAAUACAGGCCUUUAUUAUGAUGGUAACAGUGGGUCUUGGUUUUCGUACGACCACCAAUCCCAGCAGUACAUCCCUUGCAGUGAUCGGAAUGACAACAUAAUACCUGGUAAAGAAUCUGAGCUUUCUAGAGAAGCUGAUGGUUCCAAUAAUUCAAAAGCAAUAACAUCUGCACCAGCUGCUACGGUCACUUCAGUUGAGAAGGCAGCCUCACUACCAGAUGCGGUUGAAGCUGCAGCAGCGGCAGCACUGGCUGCAGAGAAGAAAGAGAAGGAGAAAUCAAGAGAGAUAAAACUUGCUUCAAAGAGUAGUAUACUGGCUAAUAAGAAGAAGAUGAAUAAUGUGUUAACAAUGUGGAAACAGAGGAGUCAUGAAGGGAAGGCAUCCCGAUCAGGUCUUAAUGACAAUCACCUGUCCGCUUCAUCAGAAGAUAGGCCUCUUUCAGCCGAACAACAUGCAAUAAGCAAGGAUAAAUUUGAUAUGAUGGACCUGAAGGAGGGUGAUACAAGAAGUUCAGGAGUCAAUACAACUGCCCAAGCUACAUCGACAUGGGGUUUGGGGUCUCCAGCCAAGCCAAGGCCUAUAAAUAACAGCUCAGGGGGGACUUUAAUGGGAGUAAUAAGAGGUUCUGCAAGGGUCCUGGUGAAAUCUGAUAUUCCAUUUCCCAGAUCAUCUGCUGGAGUUUCAACCUCUUCUGCUGGUGGAGUUGCUGAGGGUUCAUUGUCAUCAACUUCGGAUCCUGCAUCUAUGACUCCCUUUAGGACUGAUGCAUCUGCAUCGGGUUCUAUUGCACCUUCAACUAUAACUGGGAGUGGUAAAAGAAGGUUUUCUGAAGCACCAGUGCCUCCAACUACCAACAAGGGGCAGUCUCAAACCACUUAUAGGGACCGUGCAGCUGAGAGGAGGAACUUGUAUGGUUCAUCAUCUUCCACCGCUGAUGAUAUACCUGACGAUCCAAUGCCUUUCCCACCUGGAGUUGGUGGUGGACGGUGGGCUGUAUCAGAUGAUGUACAAAGUUUCGAGGUUAUCACAGCAAAGAAAGCAAUUGAUAAGAACAAUGUGGGCAACCGAAUGCUCCGCAGUAUGGGUUGGCAUGAAGGAUUGGGAAUGGGGAAGGAUGGAAGUGGAGUAACAGAAGCAGUUGAAGCACAGGGAAUGGAUAAAAGAGCGGGACUUGGAAUUCAGGUGAAGAAGUUGGACCCUAGCCUUGAGGUGCAAGCUGGCGAUAGUUACAAAACUGUGAUUCAUAAGAAAGCACUUGCUAGGUUCCACCAAAUGUCAUAGGUUGGAUCACACAGAUGUGGACAGUCUUUGUUUAUAAACAUAUUUUGAAAUCCUUAGGUUUGAGAUUAUAUUUCAUUUGCCUGGAUGAAUGGAGUUGGUCUGUCUAGGCCCUUAGAUCAUCUUGGUAAGGUACAUGAUUCCCCAUGUUUGGAUUUGGAUAAGGGGAGCGAAAGUAAGGAAAGUUCGGGUAAACUGUAAAAUAUCUACCCAAAUUUGGUAAAAGUUUAGGAAAGUGAAAAUGCUUUUUAAAGAUGUGAUUUUCUUUUCUUAUAUGAAAAGAUUGUAAAAAUUCUUUUAUUUUGUUGUUUUUACAUGAAUUUUAACCAUACAAAUAGGUUACCCGUAUUUAUA